AUGACCGAGGAGUGUGCAAACCCCCUGCUACUGGGUUGGAUCAAAGAAUGGCUCGACCAGGCCCGCGAGCGGAACAGCAAAGGCGUGACUGUGUACAAAAAGGCCUAUGAGUCGAUGAAAGCAUGUCCAUUGCCCUUUGAGCAUCCGUCUCAGGCUCAGCAGUUGAAUGGACUGGGACCUAAGCUGUGUGAUCGCCUGACGGAUAAACUCAAGGCUCACUGCCAAGAGAAUGGACUUCCUAUGCCCGAGCCCCCUGGUCAAGCCAACAAAAGAACGUCCGACACCAGUGUCGCAGACCAGCCCGCCAAGAAGCCUCGCAAAGUAAAACCAUACGUGCCAGCUCUGCGCUCUGGCCCGUAUGCGCUUCUUUUGGGUCUGGCUACUUUGGGAGAGAAUUCAUCUCAGGGCAUGACAAAAGCCCAUUUAAUUGAAGUGGCACAGCCUUACUGUGACAGUUCGUUCACAGCGCCCACAGAUCCCACUAAAUUCUACACUGCGUGGAAUUCUAUGAAGACUUUGAUUCAGAAAGACUUGGUCUAUGAACAUGGUCGCCCCCUCAGGAAAUAUGCUCUCUCCGAGGAUGGCUGGGAGGUUGCCAAACGGAUCCAGAAGACUCUUCCCGGGUUGGCUGAAAACAUGAUGGCUUUUCCUGGCGGCGAUCCUCGAGGUCAACCACCACGGUCAGUUCAAAACACCGAUCCCUCGACUCUGGAUGAUGAUGAAGAUGCCGAUUUUGAGGAUAGCAACCCUCUGGGUCGGUUUGCCAACACUGAAGGCCCCGCAGAACCAAUCAUCCUCCCUCCGAACAGUUUCACUGUCGAAUUGGUGCUAGACACUCGAGAAGUGCGCACCUCGACAGACAGAGAUUACAUCGCCAAUGAGCUCAUGAAACAGAACAUCACUCCUCAGGUGCGUGCUCUAGAAUUGGGCGACGCAAUGUGGGUUGCCAAAUGCCGAGAUCCCGCAUUUCUUAGACGUCACGGCGAGGAAGGUGAUGAGGUGAUGUUGGACUGGAUUAUUGAACGAAAGCGUCUCGACGAUCUGAUCGGGUCUAUCAAAGAUGGUCGAUUUCACGAACAGAAAUUCCGUCUGCGCCGCUCAGGCAUCAAAAAUGUCAUCUACUUAGUCGAGGAAUUCUCGGUCACCCACCCCGAUUCAGGGAACGGGAGCGCAUUGAAAUACCAAGAGAUGGUCGCCUCGGCUAUAGCCUCAACCCAGGUAGUCAAUGGGUACUUCAUGAAGAAAACGAAGAACCUGGACGACUCCAUCCGGUAUCUGGCGCGCAUGACCCUCCUUCUGCGGAAGAUGUACGGCGCACUUGACUCCUCCAUAUCAAGUGGAGACCAACCGGCCAGCUCGUCAAGGGUUGCCUUCAUUCCCAGUCGGCGCCUCUCUUCCACCCAAUCCUACCUCACUCUCCUGGACGACCUUCGUGCAAAGGAUGCAUCCCUCACCUACGGUGUCACAUUCUCCACGUUCUCCGCCCUCACUUCCAAAUCUGAUGUGCUUUCUUUACGUGAUAUCUUUUUGAAGAUGCUUAUGUGCACGCGUGGUAUCACGGGUGAGAAAGCACUUGAAAUUCAGCGCCGAUGGCAAACGCCUCGGGAACUGGUCGAGGCAUACAUGGCUUUAGAGCCGAAAGACCGAGAAACACUGAUCUCAGACAAGCUACAAUCACUUGUUGGACGAAAGAAGGUCCAAAGGGCUCUUAGUAAAAAGGUCGCAGAGGUUUGGGGAGAGGGAGGAUAA